AUGUCUGGAAUCAGGACAAACGGCACAAAUGGCACAAGCGGCUUGCACAUUCGUGUACCCAACCGCUUCCUCAUCUGGGGCGGUCACGGCUGGAUCGCCGGCCUUCUCAAAGACCUCCUCCACCACCAAGGCAAAGAAGUCUACACCACAACAAUCCGCAUGGAAGAUCGUGACGACGUUGCCAAAGCCCUUGAGGUCUUUAAGCCAACGCACGUUCUUAACGCUGCGGGCUGUACAGGACGACCUAACGUCGAUUGGUGCGAGGAUAACAAGGCGCAGACCUAUGAUGAGGGGCAUCCUAUUGGGGGGCCUGGAUUCAAGGAGACUGAUGCUCCGAACUUUGAUGGGAGCUUUUACUCUAUGACCAAGGCCCACGUUGAACCUAUCUUGGCUAGCUUUAAGAAUGUCUUGAUCCUCCGCCUUCGCAUGCCAGUAAGCGACGAUCUCAACCCCCGAAACUUCGUCACCAAGAUAUCCAAGUACGAAUUCGUCGUCGACAUACCCAAUAGCAACACCAUUCUUCAUGAUUUACUGCCAGCAUCAAUCAUACUCGCUGAGAACAAAGAUACCGGGGUUUACAACUUUACCAAUCCCGGGGCCAUCUCACAUAAUGAGGUGCUUGGCUUGUUCAAGGAGAUUGUAAGACCCAGGUUCACAUGGGAGAACUUUAGUAUUGAGGAUCAGACUAGGGUGAUCAAAGCUGGACGAAGUAACUGUCAGUUGGAUACUGCUAAGUUGGUGAAAAAGAUGAUGGGGUAUGGGCAUGAGAUUCCGGAGGUUCAUGAGGCUUACAGGCAGUGUUUUGAGAGGAUGAAGGCUGCGGGGAUCCAGUAG